UAUAUUGCGAUAGCGAGUAGUAUAAAUAUUUAUCGUACUUAUAGUCUUAUGUAUUGCGAGCAUCCACAAAACAUUAUUGGAUCUUUCUUUUGAAUAAAAUGGCAGCAUCUGAAUUAACCACAAAUUAUCAAGAUAACCUUGUGUUAGUCUCAUUCUUAAUAGGAUUCCUAGUUUUCUUCACCCAAAUCUUCAAAUUUUUCAAAUGGGUUUGGUCCAUGUUCUUAAGACCCCCCAAAAAAUUAACCAACUAUGGUUCAUGGGCUCUAAUCACUGGCUCAACUGAUGGAAUUGGUAAAUCUCUCUCCUUUGACCUAGCCUCCAAAGGCCUUGACUUGAUCUUAAUUGGUAGAAACCCCCAGAAACUCCAAACUACAUCUAAUGAGAUUUGGGCAAAGUUUAAAACCAAGAUUAAGAUUAUACUCAUUGACUUUGAGAAGACUAGUGGAGAAGAGAUUAAGAAGAAGAUUAAGGAAGAAAUUGAAGGAUUAGAAGUUGGGAUUUUGGUUAAUAAUGUUGGAUCAUCUACUAAUGGUGCAAGAUUUUAUCAUGAGAUUGGUUUGGAAGGAAUGGGUAGUUUGGUAAAUGUGAAUAUUGGGAGUGUAAAUUGGGUUACUAGUGCUGUUCUUCCUGGUAUGUUACAAAGAAGAAAAGGUGCUAUUGUUAAUAUUGGAAGUGGCUCUUCUCUUGUUGUCCCUUCUUACCCUCUUUUUUCCAUCUAUGCUUCUACUAAAGCAUAUGUUGCUAUGUUCUCGAGAAGCUUGAGUUUGGAAUACAAGCAGUUAGGAAUUGAUGUUCAGUGUCAGAUACCAUUACUUGUAGCAACAAAGUUGGCAUCCAUAAAGAGAUCGUCCUUUUUUGUCCCUUCACCGGAGCAGUACAGCAAAGCGAGUGUAAGAUGGAUAGGGUAUGACUCCCUUUGUGUUCCUUACUGGACUCAUGCUUUGCAGUGGUAUUUGUUCAACGCGAUGCCUGACUCCUUGGUGAAUUGGUUGCUUCUUCGAUAUUUUCUUAACUUGCGUAAGAAAAUUCUUCGAAAGGAGAACAAGCUAGCCUAGUUUCCAUGUACCAUAAUCAGCCUUUGCCUAAGAAAUCAAGAUUGAGAUCGUACUAAGCUCAUUAAUGUCACGAUUAUCCUUGGCAGUGCAUUUACGUUUGUGUUAUGUUGGACCGUUGAUUGUUGUACGUUUUACUAGUCUUAUAUGGAGAUUAUUAAGCGUUUAGUAUAAGGAUAUCGGUAUUUGUAAGCUAUUUUCUGAGAACAUCUCCAAAAUAGCAUGAUUCUAGAUUUCUAGUCCAAGGAAAAAAUGUAAAUGAAUGAUGACAAUGAUCCCAUAUGAAACACUUUUGACCUCAAAAGUUAAUCAUGUUGUGCUCUA